CGCGUUCUCCCACACAUCCGCGCCGCGCGCGCACAAUGGUCGCUGUAUGCGAUCCGCCUCGCUCUCAGACAAGCUUUAGGAGGAAGGGCUCGCGCGCCUCUGCCUGACAGCCGCGAGGCCAAUCGGAGCGCGCGCGCGCCCAGCUGCGCCCGGCCGCGGCCAAUGGAAAAGCGGAGCACGCGGGCUCGGCGGAGAGGGUUAGGCUGUUUGUCGCAGGCGGCCAGCGCUAAACUUCACCAAAUAAUAGCUGUUUGUGUUUUGGCCGCCGCAGUGGCCAUUUUAGAUGCAGAUGAAAAGUUCUAGAAAAAAAUGAAAAUACAAAAGAAGGACAAGCAGAUGUCUGCCACCCACAUUUUAAAGCACACGCAAGCCGCCGCAGCAGCAACUGCCUCCGACCAAAACGCACAAACUACAUUUCCCAUCGGCCAUUUCGGCAAGGAACAGAUCCGCAUCAUCGGCGGGCCGGCCAAUCACUGCAUGGCGCACGCCAGCAGCCCGAGUCCGCACCCGUCGUCCUCGCCGGUCAACAGCGAGGAGGAUGACGGAGGGGGCGGGGCCAGGGUGAGGAAAAAACGAAAGAAAAAAGACAAGAAAGACUCAAGAAACUGGCAGCAGGAGGAGAGAGAGAGCGACAUCAGACCAAAGAAAAAGAAGGAGCAGAAAGAAGGGAAGGAGCUGCUUCAGAAGAAGCCCAGGCCACCCAAGGAGGAGAAGGAGGCCAAGAAGAAAGAAGGGAAGCCGGUAAAGGAGGCCAAAAAGGUCAAGAAGGAUCAAGAGGUCAAGUCAAAGACGCAGGCCAAGUCUGCGACCUCACUGCCGAGGCAGCGAGGCAGGAAGCCAAAAGAGCCGGGCGCCGUCCCCCCGGAGAAGAGGAAGAAAGGGAAGCGGAAAAACGAGGCCCUGCAGGAGGCGGAGAGCGAUGACACGGCCUCGCUCUGCACGCUGGCCACGGGAGGAGAGGAGAGCACCGACCCCAUGGACAGCACUAAGAGGCGUUCGGGGCGUCAGGUUAAGCGCAGGAAGUAUAACGAAGAUCUCGACUUCAAGGUGGUUGAUGAUGACGGCGAGACCAUCGCAGUGUUGGGAACGGGACGAAUCCCGGCCAUCUCCUCCUCCACUCUCGCCUGGCAAGCCGAGGAGCCCCCUGAAGAUGAUGCCAACAUCAUUGAGAAGAUUCUCUCUGUGCGCACCGUCAAGAAAGAGACGUCCCCUGGGGAACCCCCUGAAGAGCUGGAGGAGUUUUAUGUCAAGUACAGAAAUUUCUCGUACCUCCACUGUAAAUGGGCGACUUUGGAGGAGCUGGAAAAGGACCCACGCAUUCACCAAAAAAUCAAGCGCUUUAGGAACAAGCAGGCACAAAUGAAGCACAUUUUCACCGAGCCGGAUGAAGACCUCUUCAAUCCUGACUAUAUUGAAGUAGAUCGAGUUCUGGAGAUUGCCAUCACUACAGACACAGAGACAGGAGAGGAGGUGACACACUACCUGGUAAAGUGGUGUUCUCUGUCUUAUGAGGAAAGCACUUGGGAACUGCAGGAGGAUGUAGACCCUGUGAAGAUCCGUGAGUUUGAAGAACUCAAGAAAGUUCCAGAACACAAACAUGUUGAGAGGCCUUUACCGGAGCAGUGGCAGAAGCUGGAGAAGUCUCGAGAAUACAGAAACGGCAACCAGCUCAGAGAAUACCAGCUAGAGGGCAUGAACUGGCUCCUUUUCAACUGGUAUAACAGGAAGAACUGCAUCCUCGCUGAUGAGAUGGGUUUGGGGAAGACCAUCCAGUCCAUAACAUUCCUCUAUGAGAUUUUCCUCAUGGGUUUGAGAGGCCCGUUCCUCAUCAUUGCUCCACUCUCCACCAUCACCAACUGGGAGAGAGAGUUCCGCACCUGGACCGAGAUCAACGUCAUCGUUUAUCACGGCAGCCAGAUCAGCCGGCAGAUGAUCCUGCAGUAUGAGAUGUACCACAGGGACGAACAGGGAAACAUAGUGCCUGGUCAUUUUAAGUUCCAUGGCGUGAUCACCACGUUUGAGAUGAUCAUGGCUGACUGCCCUGAGCUGAAGAAGAUUAACUGGCGCUGUGUUGUGAUCGACGAGGCUCAUCGGCUGAAGAACCGGAACUGUAAACUGCUGGAGGGACUCAAACUAAUGAACCUGGAACAUAAAGUUCUCCUAACUGGUACACCUCUGCAGAACUCUGUGGAGGAACUCUUCAGUCUGCUCAACUUUCUGGAGCCGAUGCAGUUCCCUUCAGAGAGCACGUUCCUCGAAGAGUUUGGGGAUUUGAAGACUGAGGAGCAGGUCAAGAAGCUCCAGGCCAUUCUGAAGCCCAUGAUGCUGAGGAGACUGAAAGAUGAUGUGGAGAAGAAUCUGGCACCCAAAGAAGAGACCAUCAUUGAGGUGGAGCUCACCAACAUCCAGAAGAAAUACUACCGAGCCAUCUUGGAGAAAAACUUUGCCUUUCUGGCCAAAGGAGCCAACCAGCACAACAUGCCCAACCUCAUCAACACCAUGAUGGAGCUGCGCAAGUGCUGCAACCACCCAUACCUCAUCACAGGUGCUGAGGAGAAGAUUCUGGAGAGCUUCAGGAAAAACCACAAUCCCGACGCCCCAGAUUUCCAGCUCCAAGCUAUGAUCCAAGCUGCUGGGAAACUGGUGCUAAUCGACAAGCUGCUCCCCAAACUGAUCGCCGGAGGACACAAGGUGCUGAUAUUCUCCCAGAUGGUUCGAUGCUUAGACAUAUUAGAGGACUACCUCAUUCAGAGGAGGUACACUUAUGAGCGAAUCGAUGGGAGAGUCCGGGGGAACCUGCGUCAAGCGGCCAUUGAUCGGUUCUGUAAGGUGGACUCUGACCGCUUCGUCUUCCUGCUCUGCACCCGAGCCGGCGGGCUGGGCAUCAACCUCACCGCUGCAGACACCUGCAUCAUCUUCGACUCGGACUGGAACCCUCAGAAUGACCUGCAGGCUCAAGCCCGCUGUCAUCGGAUCGGCCAGAGCAAAGCAGUGAAGGUGUAUCGUCUCAUCACGCGCAACUCAUAUGAAAGGGAGAUGUUCGACAAAGCCAGUCUAAAACUGGGACUGGACAAGGCCGUUCUUCAGGACAUCAACCGCAAGGGCAGCCUCAAUGGGGUCCAGCAACUGUCUAAGAUGGAAGUGGAGGAUCUCCUGAGGAAGGGCGCGUAUGGUGCUCUAAUGGACGAGGAAGAUGAAGGCUCGAAGUUCUGUGAGGAAGAUAUCGACCAGAUUCUCCAACGCCGCACCCAAACCAUCACCAUCCAGUCCGAGGGGAAGGGGUCCACGUUCGCGAAGGCCAGUUUUAUAUCUUCUGGAAACCGAACGGACAUCUCUCUGGACGACCCCAACUUCUGGCAGAAAUGGGCUAAAAUCGCUGAGCUGGAGAUCGACUCGAAAGCUGAGAAGGAGAGUCUGGUGAUCGAUACGCCUCGUGUGAGGAAGCAGACGCGCCACUACAACUCGUUUGAGGACGACGAGCUGAUGGAGUUCUCGGAGCUGGACAGCGACUCUGAGGAGCGCCCCUGCCGCUCGCGCCGCUUCGGUGACCGCAGUAGGCGAUAUCUCAGAGCAGAGUGCUUCAGGGUGGAGAAGAACCUCCUCAUAUUUGGGUGGGGGCGGUGGAAGGACAUUCUGAAUCACGGACGUUUUAAAUGGCACCUCACAGAGAGAGACAUGGAGGUGCUGUGCAGAGCGCUGCUCGCCUACUGCGUGCGCCAUUACAAAGGAGACGACAAGAUCAAGAGCUUCAUCUGGGACCUAAUCACGCCCACCAAGGACGGACACAACCAGGCACUGCAGAACCACUCGGGGCUGUCGGCUCCUGUGCCGCGGGGCCGCAAGGGUAAGAAGAUGAAGAACCAGCUGAGUCCUCCAGAGCUGAAGAAUGCAGACUGGCUGGUCCACUGUAACCCGGAGGUGGUGCUCCAGGAUGACAGCUACAAGAAACACCUCAAACAGCACUGUAACAAGGUGCUGCUGAGGGUGCGGAUGCUGUAUUACCUGAAGGCAGAGGUGCUUGGUGAGGCUGCCACACAGGCUCUGGAAGGAGUUCCAGCCAGUAAACUGGAGGUGGCCCUGCCGGAUAUUGACUACAUUGAAAUUCCCACUAGUUGGUGGGAUGCAGACGCGGAUAAAUCUCUGCUCAUCGGAGUUCACAAACACGGGUACGAGCGGUACAACGCCAUGCGUGCAGACCCUCAGCUCUGUUUCCUAGAGCGAGUGGGCAUGCCAGACGUCACCGCCCUUACAGCAGAGCAGGCUGGCGCUGAGGGGGUGACUGACGCACCUGACAGUGUGAGUAAAACUGAUGAUAUAAAAGAAGAUGUAGAUGCAAAGCCAGAUGACAUCGAGGACAAAGAAGAGAAAGAGGAGAGAAAGGAGGAGGGAAGCCCUUACGCAGAGGAAACGGUGAAACAUGACAGUGCUGUGGGAGACUCUCUUCCAGAUGGACAGACUCAGGAGGUGGUGGAGCAGGGACGCGCUUUAUGGCCGGCGGGCUCCGCCCUCACAGCCAGAUUACGGCGACUUAUCACCGCCUAUCAGCGCUACACGCGCCGUGAGCCGCUCCGUCACGAGUUCCUCAUGCACGAGGGGAUUGGGCCUGUUGCCUGGCAACUGGGCGAGGAGAUCCGGCGCUGCACAACUGAUCCUGAUCCGCUCUUUCUGGAGUGGCAGAGGAGGUGGACACGGCGUGAGCAGGCUGACUUUUACCGUACCGUUUCCUCCUUCGGGGUGGUGUACGACCCAGACAAGAAGAUCUUUGACUGGAGCCAGUUCCGUGUCUUUGCACGUUUGGAGAGAAAAACAGACGAAAGUUUGGAGAGAUAUUUCUGGUGCUUUGUGUCUAUGUGCCGUACGGCCUGCAGACUGCCGCCAAGGAAGGAUGAAGGUCCAGUUGACCCCACUAUAUUUGUGGAACCCAUUACUGAAGAACGAGCUGCCCGCACUUUGUACCGCAUUGAGCUCCUGCGGAAGGUCCGUGAGCAGGUGUUGCGUCACCCCCUUCUGGGGGAGCGUCUGAAGCUUUGCCGUCCUAGCCUUUACCUGCCUGUUUGGUGGGAGUGUGGCAAACAUGACCGGGACCUUCUCAUCGGAGUGGCCAAGCAUGGCCUCAGCCGCACUGACUUCUACAUUCUCAAUGAUUCACAGCUGUCAUUCCUAGACGCUCAUCGCAAUUACGUCCACAAAGAAAACUAUGGAUACCCGGCAUCAGGCCUUCCACAUCAGCACUGCUGCCUGUAUGACACUAAUUUGGGACAGUGCCAUUCCCCUCAGCCUCCGGAAUACCAUCCUCCAACUUUGCACCCCUCACAAGCACAGCAUCACAUGCAUGUUCAUGGACCUUCCGAAGCUGCAGUAGCAUCAGAACCUGGAAGUACCAGGGAAGGCUUCUUGGAUUGCCCACCACUGGACGACUCGUUGGAGCUUGGGUCCUUACAGCAUGAAGGCUUGACCUCAGACUCGCUCCACAGCAAGUCUGGCAAAGAGGCCUUCAAUGGAUUCCCAUUUAAUUCAGCUUCUGCUGGCCAGAGUAUGUUAAACUCAUAUGGUGUACAAGGAGAGCUAAGCGGGGCGCAAGGAGACAUGGCUGACUCAAUCGCUGGAAAGCUUCGUAGUGACGUUUUGGUUGGAGAGCAGGGUUCCUCAGAGGAGACAGGCUUAAUGGCCCCCUCAGUGGAGUUGAAUGAACUACAGACACCGUGGGAGAGCUCAGACCAUGCCGAACCAUCUGAUAUUUUCAAUGAGGCUGAUCCAAUCUUGGGCACGCCUGCAUUGGAAACAGGAUUCCUGGACCCUUCACAAAAUGAAGAUGGACAGGAACGGGAUGAUCCUCUCACAGACUGCUUGAGCAUGCCCAGUUCAGACUCGCAAAGCAACCCGGUAGAACCGCUAGCGCCAAGCUUCAUGUUGUUUAAGGAGAUUGGAGAGACAUCCGUGGAACAACCGGAUUUAUCUGAUAGUCCUCCAGAAUAUGUUCCCCCACAACCUCUUGUGCUGUCAGAUGUGAGCAUGGACCAAGCGGAGCCAAUGAGCGAGGAUCUAGAAGAGAAGCUGAAUGAUUCUGACAUCACACACAGUGACCCCAGUCCAGAAGGUGGAGCAGAACAUAUGGAAUAUCACUUUGAGAAAGAAGAUCCCUCCCAAGCUAGUGACAGUCCUUUGACAAAGGAAGACUUGUCUUCUGCAGAACCUUCGGUGGAGCCCCUAAAAUCAGAGUGCAAGGUACCAUUUGAGGAUUCAAGUGAGGAGCAGUUGAAGGAUCCUUGUGAAGUGUCCUUGGAAGAACCUUGUGAGAAACUCCUAAUGGAGUCAGGUAAAGUGCCCUUAGAAGAACCAUACACUAUGCCCUGCAAAGACGCCCUAGGGGAAUCAUUUGAAGGGUCUUCUCCCCAAGAUCCUAAUGAGGAACACAUGGAGAAAGAGUCCUCUGAAGAGCCUGGGAAAGAACCCCUAGAACCAAUGGUGGAAAAUACUCCAGACGACACCACUCUCUCAGCAGAGGAACCUUUGCCGUCAUCGUUUCCUUUAUCUCCCUCUCUUUCCAGUACAGCACCAGACAGCCACACAUUCCCAGAUGCUGAGAUGGGCCCUCACAUAAAACAGGAGUUCCUCCUGGAUCCAGGAGGGGCCGAGGUCAAGCCUGAGCCUGACAGCACUACACUGACCCCUCACCUGGACCAGACUGCUGUUCUGGAAGUGAAGGAUGAGAUAAAGGAAGAGGAAGCAAAGAGUCCAGCUCUGCUGGGAGAUGGUUUUGUUGAUGCGCCGCGGUUUGCUCCACCAGGAUGUGAGGUGGCAGACAAUCUCCAUGAUGUAAGAGAGCCAACCAUCGCUCAGCUUCUGCAGGAGAAAGCUCUGUACUCCUUCUCUGAAUGGCCUAAGGACAGAGUGAUCAUCAACCGCAUCGACAGCAUAUGCCAUGCCAUUUUAAAGGGGAAAUGGCCUUCCUCGACUCAGCAGUACGAGUCUCCCAGCUCAGUGGCCAACACCUGCACGGCCAACAGUGCCCAGCAGAGAGCAGGGUUUCUGUCUGCCAGAAUGCCUCUACCUCAGAGCCUUAACUUCAACAUCCCACACUCAGUACCCCGAAUACAGAAGGAGCGCUUGGUGACCCCUGCGUUUCUUCCCGAACUCAAGCGUCCCAGGCGAGGCUUCGAGUUCGAGGCGGAGGUUCUCGCCAAAUCAAGCCAUCUUGGAGAAAAAAUUCAAGUUGGCGUCUCUCACCGUGGAAGCGCGCUCCUUCUCAACGGGUGGCAAGAAGCGGCCAUGGACCUGUCCAAGUCCACAGAACUUGCGGUUGGUGGGGAGACUGGCCCAAUGAGUCACAUGACCCAUUCUGUCCAAUCAGCACCUCAUAAGAUUCCCGGCCUGGGCUCGAUGGGACUGGACAUGGCUGGCAUUCUGCAAGCAGGCCUUAUACACCCUGUUACAGGGCAGAUUGUUAAUGGUAGCCUUCGGCGUGAUGACUCGAUAAUGCGGAGAAGGAGAGGGCGGAGAAGAAAUGUGGAAGAUUCUGAUCUGGGAUUCAUGAAGGGACAAGGCAUACAUUUACCUGAGCAACAGGCACGACAAGAGGGGCUCAACCAUGCCAUCGUGUCCUCCACCUCCUCUCAGCCAGAACGUCCCUCCGCUGCCCCUUCAGCUCCUCCUUCCACAGAGCCACUGACCACAAGUGUGGACAGAGAGGCAGCCAGUAAAAGUCUGAUGGAAUGGCUCAGACAGAACCCCAGCUACAGCUUGGAGCUCCCUGCUUUUCCACCGUCUCAGACCGCAGGCAUAAUGCACGGUUUUGUUGAACGUCCAAAACAGAGGAGGCAUCGCUGUAAAGACCCCACCAAGUUGGACGUGAACUCCCUCACCGGAGAGGAGAGAGUGCCUGUAGUGCACAGGAGCACAGGGCGCAGGCUGGGUGGCGCUAUGGCCCCAGCCAUUAAGGAGCUUUCCCAAUGGCUGGAUGCAAACUCCGAAUAUUCCAUAGCUCCCGACUGGGCAGAUGUAGUGAAGCAUUCAGGAUUCCUCCCGGAAGGAAAGUUCACCCGCAUCCUCACUGAACCGGUGAACCGGGACUCCGGCGCACGUCGGCGAGGCAGGCGACCCCGUAGCGAGAUGCCCAAAGCCCCCGAGCUGCCAGCUGGCAUGGGACCACUCUUUAUGAACGGUGGGCUCAUUGGUAGCAUGGACCUGGUCAGCUUACCCAACCUCCGCAAUGUCCCUGGCAUCCCGAUAACCAGUCUCAUGGGCUUCCCUCACGGUUUCGCUGCUGCUGUCCCUGGAGAAGACACUAAGAGCAGUCUGGGCAUGCUACCCAUGAUGCUCCACAGCAUGCCGGCGGUGCAGCCAUCCAUGUACGGCGCUCAUGUGAGCAGGCUGAUGAACCAACCGCCGUCCACUGCAGCCUCCAGCACAUCCGCAGCUGCCAGCUCCUCCAGCACGGCGACAGUAACGUCCACGUCCUCCGUCCCUGUGGCCUUAACCCCAAGCCUGGUGGACAGCUCCAGCGCAGUGGCCCCCCUCGAGAGGGCCAGCCCUGAGUCUAGUACUGACAGACGGAGCACGGACGAAAGGCCACUAGGCGAGGACGAAAGGAACGCGGCGACUGUCGCCGCCCCUGUGGCGACUAGCAGCAGUGCUAGCAUUACGAGCACUGGGAGCCAUUUGGCCUUCAACCCCUUCUUGAUCCCAGGAAUGUCCCACGGACUGCUAUAUCCGCACAUGUUCCUCCCGCACGGCAGCAUUAUGGCACUUCCGGCCAUGCCGGCAGCAGAUAGCACCAACAGCCCCAAGCGAAAGAGAAAGAAAGCAAAGGAUGACGGAGGGGCGGAAGGAAGCGGUGGUGGCACGCAGGUGGAAGCUGGGGAGACAAAGGGGUUGAGGAUUGAACAGACAGCGGAGAGCAAGAGGCUGGAGGAAGCUCUGCCAGCCGUGGAGACCACUGAGGUUGGAGGUCACAGCUGCUGUGACCCUCCAGCCGAGGUCAAGAGCACUGACAAUAAGAAAGAAAGGGAAGGAGAGGGAGUAACGGGGCGUAGCGUCUCUGCAGCAGAAGAAAAAGGCUCGGAGGACGUGCUGUAGACUCCGCGCUCCCCUCCAAACACUACCGUCGUGUGUUGUGUUGGUAAAAGUUUGUGUAAAGAACUUUAAUUAUCCACUUGUUAAUGUUUAUAGAUCUGCUGCCUAAUCAAAACAGGGGAAUUCUCUGACAUAAUAGCAUGCACACGCUUACAGGUCUCAAUACCACAAGGGGAAACAUCGUUCUCAGUGUUGCGGCACGGGAGCGGGUCCGGACCCGCUGAGGCCGUGGAGGAUGCUUAGCUCCGCAUUAGAAGUGAUUACAUCUUUUAUUUUCUCUUUUGUUUUCCAUAUAAACUCCUCCUGGAUCCUGAGAAAGCGUGCAGUAGAGGGUAAACGGUAAAGGGCCGUUUGAAAGCGGCACGAUUAUGUUUACAGGAUUUCAGACAAAACGUGCUCCUGUUGUCACGAGAGAUUCGAUUAGGUUACCCAUAGAGAUGCUUAUAAAAAAACGACAAACCAACCCACCUCUCCAUAGGUGCAUUAGCAGGGUCGCUGCUGUCGUGACGUUGGACUCCAUCCCUAGUUGCUGCUAUGUGUUCAUUCUAGUGGAAACUGUAGAGCUGUAAAACAUCCGAGUCUGUACAAAGCUAUAAGUGACACGAUGAGUGCAAUGAAACCUUAGAGAAAAAGCACUGCUUCUUUUGAAAAAGAUAGCAAAGAACAAUCCAGAGAUUGAUUUAUCAUGUAUCGUUUGUCUUUUCCCGUUAUAUUCCCGCAAUGUCACUUUGAAAUGAUGCCCUUCGGUCUUUCAGAGAGGCGGUCUGCUCUGUGAGGACCAGUAUGGGUGGGCUACAGGGGCGAAUCGUUAGUGCCGUAGGCGAGCUUGGGUUCUAGUAGGGUUUAGGUGGGGUUUUAACAGUAUGGGAGAUAAUGCAUCAACACUUUGACGGUUCUGCCGGAGGUGUGGAGCUAUUCCUGUGGAGAAUAUGUAAACAUUUCAUUCAUAGAGGUGGGCAAUAUGCCAAUAAUAUGACAAAUAGUUUCACUGUACAGAGGGUGGAUGUCUGAUGAGACACUAGUGCCACAAAACUUUGGGAACAAUCCAGAUUAAUGAUUCAUUUCCAUUUAAACCGAACGAAUUAUGCGGUCCUAAAAAUGGUUUGACCAAAAAUGGAAUUUGCUUAAUUUUUCAUGUUUACUGUCCAAGUUUGGCUUCUUCACUUUAACAGGACCUACGAGGCUAAUGUUGCUAAAACUGGAACUCAAUAGUCACCCAAAUCUUUUCGGUAAAUAUAUCGCUCAGGCUCGGGGGGACGUCACCAGGUGGCCGAACGCUGCGAGCUGCCACUUUAGACAUCAGAGGCGUUUCUGUUUAUAAACAUACAGUCGCAGGAAACACUCCUGGUCGUACGUUUGGUCAAUUUAUUAAGAGAAAAUAAGUUAUCCCGUAUUUUACAGAGAACACACUAACGUGGCUUACUUUUUCCUUUUUUCUCUUUUUAUUAAUGUGUAAUUAAUUUUUUAGAAAAUAAUGUAAAAUAUAUGUGCCAUUACUUUUGCACAGUCCACAUUUUGUUUCCCAAGAUGAAAUUCGGCAAAUAAACAUCAGUUUUGCACUAAAAUGUGCAGGAGUGUGUCUCUGUAGAGGAUUUGUUAAGUCAUUUUAACAAAAAAAAAUCAACACAAAUUUAAGGUUAAAUAUUAAAUUAAAUGUUUUCCGAACUGUAAUAAGUUAACGUCAUCUAUAGGGAAAACACUUAAAUAUGUAUAUUUAAAUACACAAAAAAAACUGCAAUUUAAAUUUUUGCUAAGACAAAAAAGCAAAAUCAAAAUAAUAAAAUAAAACGAUGCCUACGUGCAAUUAUUAUUUUUCUGAGAAUAAAAUAAUGUAAAUGUGCCAUAACUUUUGCACAGUCCACAUAUUAUGUUUCCCAAGAUUAAUUAAGUGCUACAGCAGCAAAGGGAGAGCAAAGCAUUCAAGAAAAUAAGUAACAAGAAGAGAAUUAAACAAGAAAUUAAUCUUGUAAAUCACCAAGGUUUACAGUUUGUUACUUGCUACUUCUUAGACAACAUAUAUAACCCUAAAAAUAAAAGUAAGGUAAGAAUAUAUAUAUUACUGCUGUCGGAACAAAACCUCGUAUCUCCAUUUUUCUCAUUUUUCAGUUUUUGACAUAUUUUGAACGUGCCCAUAGAACGUGCCUAUAUA